AUGACCGACGGCUCCUUGGCACAAUUGCUUGAGAAGGCAAGCUCUAUUGUAUUAGGAAGCGUUUCGAAUCUUUUUCGAAUCCACAGUAUUUAUUGCUAUAAUUUAUCAGAGAUUGAUGUAUUGAAGCCUACAAACUAUCGUUUACAAAAAGUUCGAGAUGGACGUAACUUUACGAUACGUUUCGUCGAAAUAAGCCAGAAGGAAAAGCCAACCCAAGUUUUCGAGUUCUCCCUUCAGAAUGUCGCUAAUGUGGAUGUAUCUGUGACGUAUACUCCGAAGUUUCCUGAUGUAAAACCCCCAGCUUCGAAGAACCUCAAACAAAAAUCUUUUAACGAUUCACCAUUCUUUCAUUUUUGUAGAGCUGAAUCUGAGUCAAAAGUCACUGCAUAUUGGAUAAAGCUAGAUGAUUCCGCUCAGUUUGAUCACGAGGAUAUUCCGCUCCUCAUGUUUUCUGAUUAUGGAUUUCUCGCUGAAGAUUCAGAUCUGAUAACCCAGCACAGUGUUUGGAUUCAUGAAAAUGGGUUGGUGUUGUAA